CCAGCAAGCUACUUGUGCCUCCGCUGAAGUCAUUUCUUCCGGGUUCGCUGUGGCGGGGCUGUCAGUAGGAGAGCACUGUCAAUUUACACACUGAACGCAUCCUUUUCAUUCUCUCUUCCAACCACCUUUUCCAUUCUCCCCCACAUCGCCCUUCGCACAACCCAUCCUUACUUUCUUUACCUUUGAACCUUUAUAUAUUUAUUUUACUUAGACUUCUUCUGGGAUCAUGGCAGGCAAGAAAGCUGCCGGCGAAAACAGCAAAAAGGCCGCUGGCAACGCGCGCAAGGCCGACACUGCAGCCCGCAAGCAAGCCGACAAGGACGCCGUCGAAGCCGCUGCUGAAGACGAUAAGUGGUCCAAGGGCGCCAAAUCGAACGCAAAGAAAGACGCGGCCGAAGACAAGCGCCGCAAACUACAAGAAAGCAAAGCCGCCAAAGCCGCUCUCGAGGCCGAAGAAGCUGCCUCUCUGCCUUCGAAGCCCGUCAAAUCUGGCGGCAAGUCCGCAGCGAAGAAGACCAGCGCGGCCGCUCCCCCGAGCCGGGGCACGCUCGACCUGUCGAAGCUGGAUGACGACGGGCCUUCUGCCGCACUGAAUGCCUCCGGUCUGGACGACGCGCUGGACGCGCUGAAGAUUACGUCUCGGACGCAGGACAAGAUCGACAAACACCCUGAGCGGCGGUUGAAGGCGGCGUUCCUCAAGUACAAAGAGGCCAGAGAAGGAUCGGACGAUUUCCAGGGUCUGAACCGCAGCCAGCGUGAACAGGCGAUCAAGAAGGAAUUCGACAAGUCGCCGGAGAACCCCAUGAACCAGCUGCACGGAUCGUUUAACUCGACAAAGACGGAUAUGGCGACCAUGCGGGCCGAUGAGAGAGCGAAUAUCGAGAAGAGACUGGCUGCGAAAUGAGGUUGCUACUGCGGGGAACGAAACUAAACACUAAAGCUACAUUUUCGUUUUUUUUUUCCCCGAACGAGGUGCUGCUUAUUUUUCCUGGGGUAUUAAAGGCGUAUUUACUUUUUGGCGUCUUAAUCCACGAGGGGAAGUUUGAAUGCCGGGACUGGUGUGCUGGACUAGACUUUGAGGUGAAUAUUUUUGCCUUUUUAUCCACCACCUAUCUGUCUCUGUGACUCGGCAUGGCAAGGCAAGGCAAAACCACGACGUGGCAUGAAGUCAUGUCCACUUCUAUAAAUUAUCAAUUACCAAACGGGGUAUCCCAUUCUGAACAUUCAAACAAUAAAAAAGAAAAAAGAAGCAAGUUAUUUUAUAAAAACGUCUAUAGACACCGAGUCAACCCAAUUUCACAAUAGCAUAUUCCGCUAC